GGAUAAAUAGUUUGCCGGGUGAAUAAGCGUGGAAUAUCGAUUUAAAAAUAAAAACAAAAAUGACACUGCGGCAAUAAGAAAACACGCGCUGCAAAAGCGGGUAGUAUAUAGAAAUUUGUAAAAAUAAAUAAGAAUAUUGCAAAUACGAGUACAUGAAAUCCAGCAAGUGAUGUUUAUUUAGUUAAAUACAUCUGUGAUGAAAAGCUGGAAUUUUUUCCAAGUGUUUCUAGUAUUCCAUACAUAGAAACUGGCCUUCUAGAAAUUUGUACAUUGUUAUUGCUUUAACUGAACAAAGCUUUACGAACGAAUAAUGCAUACAAAUUAAAAUGUUAUGUUAUUUUGACUGAAACCGUCAUCAAGUACUGCAAAAAAAAAAAAAAUAAAUUCCACUAUAUGAGCUUUCAAAGCUACGAAUAAAUAUAAAUACAUACAACUAAAAAUACACCCCAUGCUAUAAGCCGUAGUGUGUUUACAUACAUUGAUUGACAUUGAGAAUAAGAUAUAUUGAAAAAAAAAAACAUUUGCAAGAUUCUGCAACGACUGAUUGCUUUUAAACAAAAAACGAAAUCAAAACGCAGUACCCGAAUAUUUUAAACGAAUAAGUACACAUGAAUUACCAACUACACAUGCACAUUGAAUUGCUUUAAAGAUUACGAUCGAUUUGAGUAUGACGCAUUAUUUUGGGCGUUAAAUACUAUCUGGCGAGCUUUUAAAGAUGUGUUUAAAGGCUUUAUGUACAAAACUGUUUGGCUGCUGUCAUCUGUCGAAGAAGGAGGGCUUAAAUGAGGCCUCAUUCUACGAGUACUCUGACGCGAUACCGAAAUACUACAACGAUCAAAUUGGCCAACUCAGGGAGGGCGUUAGCUUCACCAUAAGCGGUAAAAUUCCAAUAAAUUGCGAAAGGUUCUCAAUAAACUUUACGCACAACAAUGAGACGCGCGAUAUUGCGCUACACAUUAAUCCUCGACUGCCUCAGAACUAUAUUGUGCGCAACAGUAAGGUCCAGGAGUUAUGGGGUCGGGAGGAGGUGUCAUCUGCUUUGCCUUUUAUGCUUCGUCGUGGCGAUAACUUCUCUAUCCAGGUGCUCGUCACCGAAGCUUGCUAUAUGAUUUCGGUCAAUGGGCACCAUUUCGCGGAGUACGCCCAUCGGCUGCCAUAUGCGAGUGUUCGGAUUUUGGAAGUCAAAGGAGAUGUGGAACAAGUGAAUAUGCAGUGUGAUGAAGUCCAAGCAUACCCAAAACGAUUACCUGAGAGCCAGGCACGUGCCAUAGCUCUGCUCUUGGACGAUGAAGAUGAAAUCGAUGGCAGCUCCGCGGACCUCAUCAACAUACCACGCGAAUGGUGUGUCAUCAGUUCUGGCCCGAAGCAAGCGGAUGUUUCACCAAAGAGCACGCACAGUGAAAACGAUCAGGGACUGACGUUGCCCUACUACGGAGUCCUGCCUCCCAAUUCAUUAAGAGAGGGACGGUACCUGAGGAUUGAAGGCCGAGUACGACUGUUGCCGCACUCAUUCUACAUCAACUUACAACAGGGCCAGAACAUUUGGCCACAUCCUGUCAUAGCAUUCCAUUUAAAUCCACGUUUUUCACAAGGGAGCAGCGGAGCUAUCGGCAAAGCCGUCGUUUGCCGCAACGCCUGGUACAACGGUAAUUGGGCGCAGGAGGAACGAUCUGAGUUGGAUACAAACUUUCGGCCGGGCCGAACUUUUAACCUGGCCAUCGUGUGUGCUGCCGAUGCUUUUGAGGUGUAUGUGAAUCGGAAAUUCAUUACUGCCUUCAAGUACCAUGUGAAGCUAGAUUUGGUCGAUACUGUCUACAUACAGGGCGAUAUAAAAUUGUGGAAUGUUACGCUAGAACAGAAUCUGAAAAUUAGGGGCAAGGAUUUGCGCAUCUACCAUAACCCCAUCUGCACGGAGGAAUAUGAGAUUUAGAACGGUCUCAAAGAGCAAACUUUUCAUUUUAUUUGAUAACUUUUGCGCCUGCAUUUCAGCGACAAUAAAUUCUGAACGCUGCAAGUUCAACAAAUUAGGUCAAGCUACAAAACUACAAAAAAUUAUUCAAUGUGAUGUCCCAAAGUUUUCUCAUUUAUAUUUGUAAUAUUUUCUAUUUACUCGUAUUGUACAUACAUAAAGUUGGAUAAUACCACUCAUC